CCUUCCAUGUUCUGUUUAGCCACCGCUGAUAACUGCAGUGAGGAUCCCGAGUGUAAAGAAGCAAAUUAUCCUUGAUGUGGACUUUAGUGCUGAAGCACCUAUUAAGGCUGAAGUGGCUCUACUCAAGCGUUUUUUAAAGGUUGGAGCCAGUCACAUUGAGUUACAGGGAACAGUGCGGGUGAUACUGGCACCGCUGGUGAAUGACAUGCCACUUUUUGGAGCGGUGACCUGGUAUCUGCCAGAACGACCGGCUGUGAAAGUUAGAUGGACUGGAAUCCUGUCGCGAAUUCCAGGAGUGAAGAAAUUACUGAACAAAGCGGCAUACAAAUUUGUGGACCUUUUCGUAGAGCCAGAAGUCACAUCUAUUAAAAUGCAGACAGACGUUGAUGUGGAUGCUUUGAACUUCAAAGUGCCCAAGAAUGUGAUUCGUGUUCAUGUACUGGAAGCUGAAGAUAUAAACUCAUGUGGUUUAAUAAGGAAGAUUUUCCGACCCUACGUGGUUAUAAGUGGUGCCGGCAAGAAGGCAAAGACGAAAUUAGCCAAGAGUCGCCAGCAACCAACUUGGAACCAAGCAUAUGAGAUGAUAUAUACGGAUCUUCCCUAUCAGAAGAUCAAAUUCGACUUCUGUUAUCGUGAAGUGGGAAAAACGAAAGUUUACGGCAGCUGCCAAAACAGUGUACAAGAGAUCAUUGAUAAGAAAUUCAUUGAUAAGUGGCUGCCAUUGCAGAAUGCGGAAUCAGGGAAACUCCACGUCAGACUGGAAAGCAUCAGUGCAGUGCUAGAUGCUAACAUGCUUCAACAGAUCAUAAGGGCCAAUGAGAUCUCACGGCCUGUGCAGAUAAAGGAGUUUUCAUCCGCCAUCCUUUUUGUUGAUGUUAGAAAAGGCAAGGAUCUCCAGCUGAACAAUAGUGAGGAGAAACCAACCACCAGAGUAGAGAUGAUGAUCCGGGAUGCCAAGAGGAAGACAAAGUUCCGCAAAGACACCAGGUUCCCGGACUGGAGACAAAAAUUCAGUUUUACUUUAAGAGACCCAAGAAAGGAGACUUUACAGAUAUUGGUAAAAGACAAGGUAAAAGGGAUGAUGGGAAGAAUGUCAGUUCCCUUGUCCAACCUCAUCUCGAAGGGUCUAACCAUGGAUGGCUGGAUUACACUGCAUCCGACCGAGCCUUAUGGUGCCGUGUUGAUGAAGAUAGAGCUAAGGAUUCUAGUGCCUCCGAGCUUUGGAGAAGAAAGUAAUAGGUCCUAACAGCUGAGCAUGUACCAGAGAUUCCCUACUCAACUAUCAACUUUGAAGGAAGAUGAUCUACAAAGAGAAGAGGAGCAGAGCAUUGUGGGAUGGAGGGAGAGGAUUGCUUCUCUAUCGAGUGGGAGAGAACAAAAUAAUAAAUAAAAGAUCUUUUGCCCUAUUUGCUGCCUGGACUAACUUUGGUUCUAUAUGACCUGGCAGCAGCCCAAGCUUAACUUCCUAAACAGUAAUCGAGGGAUAUGGAUAUAAGGA